AGGAAGAUUAGGGAAGUCUUGGGCUCUUUCAGAUGGGGAAAUUAACAGCUACGGAGCCCUUGAUAAAAUUAAAAGUGGGUCCCCAUCGCCAGGAAAUAGAAUUCCUGGUUGACACGGGAGCUGAAAGAAGCACCCUACAAAAAUUACCCAUGGGUUGCAUGGCAAGCAAAGAAAAGGUGGUUGUGAUUGGUGCUAAGGGAGACCCCUUUAAGGUCUCUGUAAUAAAAGAUGUGGAAAUUGAGUCUCAAAAUAAAGUUUGUUUAAGGAAUUUAUUGUUAGUAGAGGAAGCAGAUUAUAAUUUAUUAGGCAGAGACAUGAUUGUGGCAUUAGGCAUAAACAUUGUCGUGAAAAAUUCUGAAUUGGUAAUAAAGAUAUUCCAUUUGACUCCAAAAGAUGAAAGAAAAAUUGAUCCACGAGUGUGGCAUUCAAAGGGAGAAGUGGGGAAAUUAAAUAUUACCCCCAUCAAAAUUGAAAUAGAAAACCCGGAAGAUCCAAUUAGGAUCAAACAGUAUCCCAUCCCGAUAGAAGGGAGGAGGGGUCUGAAAUUAGUAAUCGAUGACCUUCUCAGAGGAGGUACCCUCGAACCUUGCAUGUCCCAACAUAACACCCCCAUCCUUGCAGUAAAGAAAGCAGAUGGGAGUUUCAGACUGGUUCAGGAUCUAAGAGCAGUAAAUGCUAGGACCCGAACCAGGUUCCCGGUCGUUGCAAACCCUUACACUUUACUUAACAGACUCUCACCUGAGGAUGUAUGGUACAGUGUAAUUGAUCUAAAAGAUGCAUUCUGGACUUGUCCUUUGAAUGAAGGGAGUAGGAAUUUCUUUGCUUUUCAGUGGGAGGAUCCGGACACUAACAGAAAUCAGCAGUUAAGGUGGACCGUCCUCCCGCAGGGAUUCGUGGAAUCCCCGAACUUAUUUGGACAGGCAUUGGAACAAUUACUCACUCAAUUCAUUCCAGAGGAAGAGACAAAAUUACUACAAUAUGUAGAUGAUUUGUUAAUUGCCGGGACAACGGAAGAACAGGUUAAAAAGAGUACGAUUUCCUUGUUGAAUUUUCUGGGACAGAAAGGUUUGAAAGUAUCGAAAUCUAAACUGCAAUUCACAGAGCCCGAAGUAAAAUAUCUCGGACAUUGGAUAUCUCAGGGAAAAAAGAAAUUGGACCCUGACAGGGUGGCAGGAAUUCUCAUACUUCCUGCCCCAAAAACAAAAACACAAAUCAGACAAUUUUUAGGGCUUCUGGGAUAUUGCAGACAAUGGAUUGAAGGAUUUAGUGAAAAAGUAAAAUUUUUAUACGAAAGAUUAAAUACGGACAGAUUAAAAUGGACAACUCAGGAUGAAAGUAAGUUCCAAGAACUGAAAAAUGCUCUCAUAACUGCCCCAGUUCUAACCUUGCCAGACACUAAUAAGGAAUUUCAACUGUUUGUCGAUGUAAGUGGACAAACAGCGCAGGGAGUUCUGACCCAGGAGUGGGCAGAAAAGAAAAAGCCCAUAGGAUUUUUAUCAAAAAUCCUAGAUCCAGUCAGUCGAGGUUGGCCUACUUGCUUACAAGCAAUUGUUGCAGUAGCUCUCUUGGUUGGGGAAGCAAAAAAGAUAACUUUUGGAGCCCCUUUAAUAGUCUACACCCCACACGAUGUAAGAAAUAUUUUACAGCAAAAGGCCGAAAAAUGGCUAACUGAUUCAAGGCUUCUGAAAUAUGAGGCCAUGCUAAUCAGUUCGCCAGGCCUCGAGUUAAGAACGACUACUGCCCAGAACCCGGCACAGUUUUUGUUUGGGGAACCAACAGGCGAGCUAUUUCAUAAUUGCAUUGAAGCAGUAGAAUUACAAACCAAGGUAAGACCGGACUUGGAAGAUCAGGAGUUGGAAGGAGGGGAAAAAUGGUUCAUUGACGGUUCAUCAAAAAUGGUGGAAGGAAAGAGAAAAUCAGGUUAUGCCAUCAUAAAUGGCACGACCGGACAAAUCAUAGAGUCAGGUCCCCUGCAGGCAAGCUGGUCUGUGCAGGCCUGUGAGCUAUUUGCUCUCCUAAGAGCCCUCAAGGGUUUAAAGGGAAAAAGGGGGACCAUUUACACCGAUUCAAAGUAUGCAUUUGGGGUGGUGCACACUUUUGGAAAGAUAUGGGAAGAAAGGGGUUUGAUCAAUACAAAAGGAAAAGGAUUAAUACAUGGAGAAAUAAUUAGACAAAUUUUAGAAGCAGUCAGAGAGCCACAAGAGAUAUCGGUUGUCCAUGUAAAAGGACACCAAACUGGGUGGCAGUUUCACACAAGGGGGAACAAUUUAGCAGACAAAGAGGCGAAACGAGCGGCUUUGUUGACGGUAAGUAUUCCCGAGAUUUUCCCAAAGGAACCACCAGAAGUAUCCGUGCUCCCUUCAGAGAAGGAGCUGGAAGAUUUCAGAAAGGAGCUCAGGAGAAGAGGAUUGAUUCCCCAAAGCGCGACAUUGGGAUUUCCAAUCCACAAAAUUCGACCAGGAGACAAAGUAUUGAUCAAAGUGUGGAGAGAACUUCCCCUCAGCCCACACUGGGAAGGCCCAUUCCUCGUCCUCCUAACAACAGAUACUGCGGUUCGAACGGCCGAGAAGGGUUGGACACACUCUUCCCGGGCAAAGAAAGUUCCAGAUUGCAAUUCCUCCGAGUGGAAAGUUACCACCCCUCCGGGAGAAUUGAAAAUCAAGCUCCGACGACAACACAAAUGA